UCUGUGGCUGUUCCCUCUGGUCUUUUUCGCGCCGAUCGCACGUGCACCAUAAACCUGGAAGCUCGUCUAGAUAAACAGCCAACUUUGGACGGUUGAUCUGCAACCCCAGCUCCUUUUAAGCUUUGCCUGGCUUUAUCUCGCAUCUAUGGACCCCCCUCGUCCUACCCUCGGUGUUUUUGGCAGCGAAGAGUCCAAUGUUCUUCCAGAGGGUGGCGAGGGUGGCGAGCCAUCCCUGGCCGAGGAGGCAGAUCCCGCCGCGGACGCCGCCACCGCCACAUCAGAUUCGGGACUACAAGAGCCGUCCGAUAGAUCGCGAGCGCGAGCCUCUCUGGCUUGUUAUAUGUGUCAAAGGAAAAAGAUCCGAUGUACAGGAACGUUUCCCUGCGCAAAUUGUCAGCGACGAAACUGGUCUUGCAGGUUCGAUGCACAGGCUGAUGGGAGAAGAAAAGCCAACAACCGCCGCACUGUCCAAGACUUGAACGAGGCUACCGAACAACUGAGACGACAGAGGCAAAUGAUCUCUGGUAUGCUAGCAAUCAUGAAAGUAGGCGAUCGAGACACCAUCAGCCAUCUAGUACAACGCGUCAGUCAGACUCAAAAUCUAGGUGAGAUUGCCGAAUACAUCCGUACUGAAGUGGAAAAGGAUGGCAAACUUCAAGAGUCCUUCUUAGCAGUCGACUGGGCAGCUGCUGGAUCUCAGCUUUGAUCGGCGAGAAGUCGAGGACGGUCCGAACGCUCUACACAACGCGCUAUGAGCGCAAUCAUUGUCCUCGCGCGACCAUCGAGCUUCCACAGAAACCGCGCACACAAACCUGUUACGGUAUGCCAACAUAUGACACCAGUAGGCAGAGCAGAUACAGUUCGAGAGACGACCGGAAAGGUGUUCGAAAGAGAGGAGGAUGCGACAC